UGGGCUGACAGUUCGGCACGAGGAAAUAGAUCUAGCAAAUAAGCACAGUAGCUUUUAGUUCCUUUUGGUAGUACUAGUGUAAAUUUGUGGGUGAAAAUGUGCCGAAUUGUGUUUCUCCUGGCGGUCAUCAGUAUUCUGUGUCCAUCCGCUGAAGCGCUGGAUAAUGGCCUCGCGCUGAAACCCAGUAUGGGCUGGCUGCACUGGGAAAGGUUCCUGUGUAACACCAACUGUGACACGGACCCCAAUAACUGCAUCAGCGAGAGUCUGUACAUGCAGAUGGCAGAUGUGAUGGUGGAGGAGGGCUGGAAGGAAGCCGGUUAUGAGUACGUCUGCAUCGAUGACUGUUGGCCCUCCACUCAGCGCGAUGCUCAAGGCCGCCUGCAGGCAGACCCCAAAAGAUUCCCAGGGGGUAUUAAGAAACUGGCCGACUAUAUCCAUGCUAAGGGUCUGAAGCUGGGUAUUUAUGGAGAUGUGGGGAAAACAACCUGUGCUGGGUACCCUGGCAGUCUGGGCUACUAUGAGACUGAUGCUCAGACUUUUGCAGACUGGGGUGUGGAUCUACUCAAAUUUGAUGGCUGCUUUAUGAACUGGACGUUACUGGGAGAAGGCUACAUGAACAUGUCAAAAGCACUAAACCAAACCGGGAAAAGUAUCCUGUACUCCUGCGAGUGGCCAUUGUAUGAAUGGGCUUUCCAUAAGCCUAACUACACAGCAAUCCGUGAGACGUGUAACCACUGGCGCAACUUUGAUGACGUGUACGACUCAUGGACCUCGGUCAAGUCCAUCUUGAAUUGGACCACUUUUUAUCAGGACAUCAUCGUCCCCUCAGCUGGACCUGGGGGCUGGAAUGACCCCGAUAUGCUUGUAAUUGGGAACUUCGGCCUGAGCCAUGACCAGCAGGAAACUCAGAUGGCAUUAUGGGCCAUUAUGGCAGCCCCCCUGCUCAUGUCUAAUGAUCUACGGAACAUUUGUCCUCGUUCCAAGAUGCUGCUGCAGAACAGUCGCAUCAUAGAAAUCAGCCAGGACCCACUGGGCAAACAGGGAUACUGCACUGCCAAGAUGGACAGUUUUGAGGUGUGGGAGAGGCCUCUGUCUAAGAACCGUCUGGCUGUCGCUGUGCUGAACAAGCAGGAGAUUGGUGGGGCACGAGGGUUUGCCGUCAGACUCAUUCCUGGGUGGAAGAUCUGUAACCCUCAGUGCAACGUCACACAGAUCCUGCCUCAGUACAAAGAGAUGGGUGUUCAGACUCAACGGAGCAGCAUCGUGUUAUCUGUCAACCCUACAGGCACUGCUCUGCUGACAGUAACCCCCAUCAGCAGCUACUACAAGAAGCUUUACAAGCUGUACUGGAAGCCCAUGUCCAUUAAACAAAACACCAUUUUGUAGUCCUCAGGUUAUGGAUUUAUGGAAAAAUCUAGGGUUUUUUUUUUAUCUUUUCGGGGUUACAUGUAUACAUUUUCAAAACUGAUCAUUUUAUAAUCGUGUUUGCUUGAAUACUGUGAUGUUUUAAGUAAGCCUACCACAUUGGAGGCAUACAUUAGUAUGUUUAUUAAGUCACAAGUCUCAGACUUGUACAAAUGGCAAAGUUUAACUAUUUGUAAGAAACAUUCAAUUCUGUGCCCCAAACGUGUUUUAUAAAAACAGGUUAAAGAAAGCAAUUUACUCCAAAAAUGUUUUGACACAUUUAUUGAAAAUAGUGACAGCUUCAUCCAAAAGACUGGACCACAGUUUAGAACUGGAUGACUUGGCCCUGUAAGAAAACAAAAGGGAAAACACGAGUGAAAAUGCUGCUUGAUUAUAUGUGAUUUAUUUCUGCUGAGUUUGAGGAUUCUGAAUGACUUUUGCACUGUAAAAGAAUAAACUUGCUAAUCAAGA